GACAGACAGGUGUCGUCUUCACAGCGAAUCAUGUCCUCAUCAAGAAACUCCUCAAACUUCAACCACACCAACAGGUUCGCGCAGCCUCCGUGGCGCGUGGCGCUCUGGUCGCUCGCGUUCGCGCUGGUUCUGCUGGUGGCCGUGACCGGGAACCUGAUCGUCGUCUGGAUCAUCGUGGCGCACAAGAGGAUGAGGACCGUCACCAACUACUUUCUGCUCAAUCUCGCGGUGUCUGACGUGUGCGUGGCCGCGCUCAACGCGCUGGUGAACUUCGUGUACGGAACGCACGGGGACUGGUACUUCAGCAGCGCGUACUGCCGCUUCCAGAACUUCUACCCGGUGACCGCCGUGUUCGCCAGCAUCUACUCGAUGAGCGCCAUCGCCUUAGACAGCACUUUAUGA